AUGUAUUCUUGGCCCCAUUUGGCUUGGCUCGUUUUGGUUGUCUCCGCAUUCAAUGUGAUUUGUAUUGGAGGGAAACGGCGCGCAUUUGGAAUAUUUAUCGCCGCACUACACUCAGCGUACAACGAGACUAGUAUAACUGAACUCAACUGGGUCGGAGACAGUUACGCUUCCCUGGGCUUCUUCAUUAUGCCAUUUGUGACUACUGCAAUAAUACGCCUCAAUCGCCCAUAUCGAAUGACCAUGCUACUCGCUGGAAUUGCAAUAUUUAGCAGCUGUGUGACAUCUGCUAAAGUACAAGAACCUGGUUACCUUUUCCUAACUCACACAUUGCUUCACGGAGUUGGAUCCACACUAGUUCUCUGUGGCACUAGCUUGGUAACGGGUGAUUAUUUCGAUAAGACACACAAGUUCCAUGUACUUGCAACUGCGUUUGUAUCUGGUGGACCUUAUGGCGUUCUGAUAUUUGGUCCACUAUUUUCGCACUGGAUACAGCAUUAUGGCUGGCGCAUGGCAUUUAUUUACAGCGGGAUCCUAUUUCUUUUUGUCACUUGCCUGGGGGCCAUCACUUUUGUUCCUCGGCAUGUGAUUGAGUACACUCAAGCGACUUGGCUGGAGGAAGCAAAUGAACCGUUUUCCUUAGAAUCUAAGAGUGAUCGAAGGAAGAGUUCAAUCGCCCCACCAUCUAUGAUGAAAGAUUUGCCAAAGGCUAGUGAUGGUCGCGGAUGGGCCUUUUGUUCCUGGGGCCAUAUAAAACAAAACCCACAGGUGUUGUUAUGGGGAUUUGAGCGUCUUUUACACAACAUUGUGGUUUAUGGGAUAUUAAUGAAUUUAACAUCUUAUGUUAGUCAAGCGCUGAACAACGAGAUUAUCCGGGGCGCUCGAGUUAACCUAUACUUCGGUUUGGGUGAGUCUUUGGUAUUUACUGUGGGAGCCCUAAUUGGAGACAAAAUACGGGGACAUUUAGUGUUCGUCUACCUCAUUGGAGCAGCCUUCGCCGCAGCGUUUCUUAUCAUCGAGAACAGAAGCUAUACAAAUAUUACCGUUGUUUAUGUGCUAUCCGGAUUCACUGGGGCCUCAGUGGGAGUCGGUAACACUUUCCUAUACGCCACAGCGGAAGAAGUAAUGCUCGUUCACGGUUCUAUUGCUUUCCCAAUGACUAAAAUGUUAGCAGGCAUUGGAAUGUUGAUAGCACCUGCGUUCUCCGGUGCGAUCAUCGACAGUUUCGGGUACGAAGCAUUCUUUGUGAGCAUGGCGGUGUUGGUCUCAGUUAGAGUUGGACUACUUAUACUCAUAUGGCUCAUCUUGAGGAAGAAAAACAAGAAAGCUAUGAAAGAAUUAGAUCAGUUAGCAGAGGAAGAUAAAAGAAAUGUUCAAACCACAUGUACACAGAGUGUUUCUGAACGCAACGUCGGCUAUAGCUUUCACAAGACGUUUCAAUCGAUGUCGUCAAAAGUGGACAAUGAUAGAGCCACCGUGAAUCCUGCUCCCUUUGUCAAGGAAAUGUCGACCGUUCCUCAGCAAUCGUCUCAAGAACAUUAUAUUCCGUAAGACUGAUUCAUAUUAAUUAUUACCACCGUACCGCAGUAGUUUAAAUCUCU